GCCAGGCUAUGCGUCAACUGUCCGGAGGAAUGAGAGUUGUUGCUUUUUGGACUUGGAAUGUUCAUUUUCUCCACAUUUUUUAGUCACUGGCAGUUUCAGUGACAUUAAAUAAAUGUUAGACAAUUUUGUUUUUAUUUUUUUAGGAAAAAUAAUGUCCGCCUGUGAGGUCAUUCAUCACUGAGGAAGUGCUUCGUUGUGUUUGUGUCAAGAGCUGGUGGAGACAAAUGAAGCAAUGGACACCGAGUCAUGCUCUUGUGCAACUUUAUCCCCCGCCUUCAUAAUACAAAAGAAUCUCCUCCUAUUUCUUCAUCUUAUGGACGUUUUGGACACAAGUGGCAUACGCCAGUGAGCUCUCCCUAUGGCUGAAUGGACACACAGAUUCUGGUAGAAAGACUUCUUCCCAGAAGUUUGACUUAUGUCCAUCUAGUGUGUCCUCCUCCCGUUUCUCAGAAAACAUCCCAGCAGCUCCCCGGAUGUCUCAUUUGACCCGUCAGACCAUGAACUACGUGGGCCAGCUGGCGGGUCAGGUCUUCGUUCAGGUGAAAGAGCUGUACCGAGGCCUCAAUCCGGCCACCCUGUCGGGCUGCAUUGACGUCAUCGUGGUGCGACAGCCCGAUGGCUCCCUGCAGUGCUCGCCUUUCCACGUCCGCUUUGGCAAGAUGGGCGUCCUCCGGUCCAGAGAGAAAGUGGUGGACAUGGAGAUCAAUGGAGAGCCUGUGGAUUUACAUAUGAAGCUUGGGGACAACGGAGAGGCUUUCUUUGUGCAAGAAAUGGAAAAUGACCAGGAAGUGGUUCCCUCCUACCUGGCCACCUCUCCCAUCCUGUCGGACGGCUUGGUUCUGAUGAGCUCCUCUCUGAUGGCCAAGACUUCCGGGCCUCCCGUGCAGACCUUGGGCUCCACGGGGAGCGGGGGAGGGCCCGGCAUGGUGGCGACGACAAUGAUGAAGAAGAGAAGGAAGAGGAGGAGGAAAGCCAGGGCGGAAAGCCUAAAGAGGGAGGAGAGCGGCGACUACUCUGAGGAUGAGGACAUGUUCACCAUUGACAUCAGCUCCGAUGAGGAGACGGAGAGCAACAGUGUAUCACCCAGAGAUUUCACGGAGGCCGGGCCGACCGGCGGUUCUUUCAAACAGUCUGGCGUCUACGCUCGCUCCGACGGCGACUGGAGUCCCGUCCAGAGCCCUGGAACCUCCCGUCCCACCUUGCCCAAGAGCGACUCUGAGCUCAUGAUCAAGCCCUCCGACGCAGCCAAUCAGGAUGCAGCCAUGCACUGGGCGUGGGGGGAGCUGCCCCAGGCUGCUACUCCGUCCUUCCUCUCAAUGAAACCUGAGCCGUCGCCUGUUUGUCCCGUGUCCAUCCCCGUAUCGGCGAGCACGCACUUUAGAGUGAUUAACCAUGAGGAGGCAACCGGUGAGGACGCCGUGAUGAUGGAGACACAACCCAUGAGUGCAGAACCUCAGGGGGGCAUGGCGCCCCGCAUGAUGUCAGAAAUGGAGGAGACAGUACCUUGUCCACCAGGAAAGGCCGACUCCCCAUCUAAGAAAAAAGACAAAAGGAGUCGUCAUCUCGGCGCUGACGGAGUCUACCUGGAUGACAUCACAGAUCUGGAGCCUGAGGUGGCCGCCUUGUAUUUCCCUAAGAGUGAUGGAGGUGCCACGGUAAGGAGCAUCUCAGACGCGGGCCUCCUCAGGUCCAGUCUCUCACCGCAGUCGCUCAGCUCGGGAGGAGACAGCGGCGUGGACAGCUACAGCGACCCUGUGAGCGACCUGCCGUCCAUCGCCAUCUCGCUGUGCGGCGGCCUCAGCGACAACAAAGAGAUCACCCGAGAGCAGUUCCACGAGAAGAUCAUCUCGUACCAGCAGUUUGUCCAGAACCCCUCUGUCAUCGACGAGCCCAACCUGGUGGUGAAGAUUGGCUCAAAAUACUAUAAUUGGAGCACUGCCGCUCCCAUCAUGCUGGCCAUGCAAGCUUUUCAGAAGCCACUGCCGAAGGCCGCGGUGGAGAACAUCAUGAAGGAGAAGAUGCCCAAGAAAGGAGGGAGGUGGUGGUUCUCCUGGAGGGGCCGCAACAGCAACAGCAAAUCGGAUUCCGUCUCGGCACGCGGGGACUGUGGGUCGGCUGAUGUUGGGACGUUGGGGAGCAGCAGACUGAAAGAAGAGUCAUCCUCCAGUGAUGAAGAGCACAGGGCGGCCAAGCAGAGUUCUCCAAGCAUCCAAUCAGAACCGGGCCUCACGACAGGAACCGUGUCGUAUAAGAAAACACUCCGACUCACAUCCGAGCAGCUGACAUCGCUGCAGCUGCAGGACGGUCCUAACGACGUGGUGUUCAGUGUGACCACUCAGUACCAGGGAACGUGUCGCUGUCAGGGAACCAUCUACCUCUGGAACUGGGAUGACAAGAUCAUUAUUUCUGACAUCGAUGGAACCAUCACCAGGUCGGACACGCUCGGCCACAUCCUGCCCACUCUGGGUAAAGACUGGACGCACCAGGGUAUUGCACAGCUCUACCAUAACGUCAGCCAGAACGGCUACAAGUUCCUGUACUGUUCAGCUCGAGCUAUCGGCAUGGCAGACAUGACGCGGGGCUACCUGCAUUGGGUCAAUGAGAGGGGCAUCAUGCUGCCCGUGGGGCCAGUGCUUCUGAGCCCCAGCAGCCUCUUUUCGGCCCUGCACAGGGAGGUGAUUGAGAAGAAGCCUGACAAGUUCAAGGUGGAGUGUCUGACUGAUAUCAAGAACCUCUUCUACCCCAACACCCAGCCCUUCUACGCUGCCUUUGGCAACAGGCCCACGGACGUGUUCUCCUAUAAAGAAGUCGGCGUCCCGCUGAACAGGAUCUUCACGGUAAACCCCAAAGGAGAGCUGGUGCAGGAACACGCCAAGACCAACAUCUCAUCAUACGUGCGUCUGUGCGAGGUGGUGGAUCACGUGUUCCCCCUGAAGAUGCGAGCCUCGUCCUCGGACUUCCCCUGCUCGGACACCUUCAGCCACUUCACCUACUGGAGGGAGCAGCUCCCCCUGGUGGACCGCCAGAGAACUACACCUCAACGUACACCCAUCCCCGGCAGCAGACAAUAAUCCAUCUAAGCGCACAGUUUGUCUGUGGACGUACGAGUAAUCUUUUAUUCAGGGCAGCUUCAUUAAGAACAUCUUUUCAUUUCAGUUGAAGUGAGCCGUUAUUCUUUUGUAGCAGAGGAGCUGAACUCGGUGCCAAAUAUAUCCAUUUAUUUUCAGGAAAUAUGCAAGUAGGCAAGUAUGAGUAUGACGUAAUGGUUGUUAACAGAACAAUAUCAGGAUAAUGUGAAGCACAUUUUUUAAAAAGUGCCUAUUUAUUGUUGGGAGCGAGAGCAGCUCUUAAUAAUCUGCAUAUUGUUUUUAGAUGUGAGCUGGCAUCAAAUGCCUUUUCAUGUUCCUUCCAUGAGAUCAUUUGGAAUGAACUCACCUCAGUCCUCAGCUGGCAUGUGAGCCUUUCAAAAAGCGUUCAUCAAUCAAAGACACGUUGCAAAGUGUUGCAAAACGAAUCAAAAUGAGUUAUUUUGUAGCAUAUGCUGCCAUGAUGACGUGUGUAUACUCUCUUUUAUUUCCAUGCAUCCAAAUGUGUAUUAUUCUUUCCGUGAAAGAGUUGAAAUUGGUCAUGAUCAUGUGUGAAUGUUACAAUAUCACUUUAAUGAGUGUCAAAUAAAGGGUCUUGUUGAGCAAUGAAAUGGUUUGAAAUGAGCUCACUGCUGGAGGACGUUAUCUUUAAGAGGCACAUCAUCUCUCAUAUUUCCUGGUCACAUCACACAUUGGAUUGGACAUUUGUUGCUAGGCAGUUUUUCAUGGGGCACGAUCACUUGUGCCCCCAAAAAUAAAAUGGACACGGCAGGGACAAGUCGGCAGGAUAAGGAUGAAUUGUUUUUCUCCAGAAAACAGUACGCAAGGAUUCCAUGGCAUCUUAACAUGGUUCAAUUGUCGCUUCUUUACUCAUGCUAAUUGUUCCCAAGCGUGACACCCUAGCGCUAUCGUCUGCCAGCUAGGGCACUGUCGCACUUGCCCCUAUUAACUAGCAAAUGUAUUUCAACAAAAACGUAAGCUUUUUUCACCCCAGUGCCCUCGGCUGGAUCUGGUAGGGCACUGCCCCAGCAUUUUACACAAAACAAAACGAUGGGUUUAACUUGUAAAUAUCCAAAUACCGUACUGAUCCAAAUACCGUACGAUUUUUCCACAAGAAAGCCUAAAAAACAUACAGUGUAUACUGUAUAUCUAAAGAUGUAUAAAUGCAUUAGCAUC